AAUGACCAAACGUGUAAAUUAACAAAGAAUUUAGUCCACUUGAUGUUUGUGUUUAAGGACCCUAGAAAGUACUUGUACAUGUGUAUAUUUCAGAUAUAUGCAAUAAAAGCAUGUUUUGUUGACAUGUUCUUUGUGAGAGGAAGAUUUUAAAAGUGUGAUGUCCCGUACUUUGCAAAGGCAAAAUAGGUUGUACCUGUCCUGGUAAACAGCAGAACAGUACUGAUACUUUGUAAAGAAUAGAAACUCUCAUGAUUACAAAACACCUGAUAAUGAAGUACGUGGUCCGAUUCUGAAUACUAAAUCAAAUUACCUCCCUCUUCAAAGAUAACAAUGGUAUGAUCUUCCCUCACACCACAACCUCAAGAUAUUGUGCUUCCAAGAAUAGAUCUAGCCAAGAAUUGUCCAAGGCGUGCAGUGAACAGGCAGUGCCUUGCAUUCUGUUCUUUGUGUGCUCUGUACACUUAUAGACCGGCAUAUGUACAUACACACAAGGCAUGAUCCAGAUAAUGAAAGAACACAAGCAGCCCCGUCCAGUUUGUUCACCCAAAAUCAGGUGAUUGAAGAAGGUAUCAGACCACGCUAAAUAUACAUGUAGGUACAUGUACAUGUACCAGCAACAACUCAAAAUGCCAGUGCCGAGUGUCGCCCAAGUCAGUUAUACUGUGCAGUAGGUUGCUACAAGUGGAAUCACAGAAAUGCUGUGUGGGGUUUGGGGAGCCAGUGGUGCCAAACCCUCGCGUGUUGAAUGUACGUGUUGGAACUGAGCAUCUUUCAUUACUGGUUGUGAACCGUACUGGCACAAUCAGCACAUUGCGCUGGUGGUACCAGCAUUUACAAGAAAGCCUACCUACAUGUACUUUCGGAAGUCAUUUGGAGCACACGUGUAAUCUGUGAACCUCAUUUACAUGUACAUGUAGUGGACAGUCUGCUCUUCGGAUUGCAAUCUGUUUUCCUCCGCUAAGUGUGUCAGGACAUGCACGGUGUACCUUUUCCUCAGGCCUGCACAAGACCUCACAACUCGCUUACCACUCGAAUUACCGUAAAUGAAUGGUGACUGUUCAGCGUAAGCCAGUGUGGAUGAGCUCUCUGCCUUUUGGACAGCUGGCAAUUCAUUGAUUUUAAUUCAUCGGAACAGAUGCUCUGGUAGAAGUCACAAGGAAAAACAAAUCCAAAUCCUCUUACGCGAGCUUGAGGCGUGGGAGAAGUGUUUUCACAGUAUGAGCAUUGGUGUGAAUAUUGUGCAGUGUAAUGUUAUGUUCCAUAACUAUCUAUUUGUGCCAGGAUACGCGUGUAGACAGCGAGUGGAUAGGUUCAUUCCAUCGUUGAACUCAGCAUAAGCAAACUGGCAGUACUUCUUAAAGUUUCCACCAAAUCCGACCACUUUCCUUCUGAAAAAAACCCUGUUCUUUCUUGAGAUGAGUUGUUUCCAACUGCGAUAAGUACUGUGGUGUGACAAGUACAGUCAUCUACCGGUAUUUGUAUAGUUUCCAGCAAGAGUACCAUACAUUAAGAAACAUCAUUGAUUGUCAAUUUGCUGGCUCUGGUCUCGACCAGACCGCACAUUCUGGUGUUGUCAACAUGCCUCCGGUUACUAAACGAAGCCACGUGUGCGAAGUCAACGGUUGUGCUCAAAAUUUGGCCAUGCCCUGGUUCGGCAUGGACAUCGGCGGCUCCCUGGCCAAGCUGGUCUACUUCGAGCCGGCCGACUUCAACCUGGAGGAUGAGGACACGGAGCUGGAGCCAGAGGCCCUCUACAAGAUCCACCACUACCUGCGCUGCAACACGGCCUACGGCUCCACGGGCAUCCGCGACGUCCACCUGGAGGUGCGCCAGGUGACGGUGCUGGGCCACCGGGGCUCGCUGCACUUCAUCCGCUUCCCCACCACCAGCAUGAGCCGCUUCCUGGACAUGGUGAAGGAGAAGCGGCUGUCCAGUCUAGCCGACACCAUCCACGCCACGGGUGGAGGGGCCUACAAGUUUGAGAGGGACUUCAAAGAGAUCGUCAACAUGAGCUUGCAAAAACACGACGAGUUGAGCUGCCUGCUCCGUGGCAUCCACUUCAUGGACAGGAUACUGCCCAAUGAGUGUUACUAUUACAGGAACACGGACGCCUUCAACAGCGAAGACAGCGAGAGGGUGCCUUAUGACUUCCGCGACCCUUACCCCUACCUCGCCGUCAACAUCGGGUCGGGGGUCAGCAUAUUGGCAGUGUACUCACAGGACAACUUCAAGCGUGUUGGGGGCACAAGUUUGGGAGGAGGUACAUUUCUUGGCCUGUGCUGUCUGUUGACGGGCUGCGAGACGUUUGAGGAGGCUAUUGAGCUCGCCUCACAAGGAGACAGCACCAAGGUGGACAAGAGUGUCAGGGACAUCUACGGUAGAGACUACAACCGGUUUGGGCUGCCCGGCUCCGUUGUGGCAAGCAGUUUCUGUUCCAUGAGCAUCAAAGAGAAGCGGGACGCUGCCAGCAAAAAGGACUUGGCCCGAGCCACACUGGUCACCAUCACCAACAACAUCGGCUCCAUCGCCAGAAUGACGGCUCUCAACGAGGGUAUUGAGAGGAUAGUUUUUGUUGGCAAUUUCCUUCGAGUCAAUCCCAUCUCCAUGAAACUUCUGUCGUAUGCCAUGGACUUCUGGUCCAAGGGCAGUCUGAAGGCACUCUUCCUACAACACGAGGGUUAUUUUGGGGCUGUUGGGGCAUUCCUUGAACUGAUUGGCUACGACGGCGAUCGGAAUGGCAACGGUGCAGUGUGCAAUGGAGUUGUAUGAUCUCGGAACCCUAGACGCCAUCUGCUCCGUGAGUUCCAUUACGAAGGCCCCCGUGUUUGUCCCCAUUCCACAGCCACUCCGGCCAUGGCUACUGCUUCUCUGUUGCCAGGCGUGCCGCAUCCCUGGUAAACUGUACAUGAAACUCAAUUGCUGCUGUUGUCAGUUACCAGGGAAGGCGCAGGGUUAAAAACUGAAAUCAGAAGUGCCCCGGAAGAAAGACAGUGUGCUAGCGGAGCAGAUUAUGAACCCAAAAAGACAAACGCACAAAUUCUGACAGACUCUCAUGCCAAUGCAAGUUAUGUGUGAGGCCUUUUGCCGACCGAUCAGGGAUUGGGCACCUUUUUUAUCUACUGUGAGCAUUCCGUACAAACAGUGUCAACGUCUUGUUCCCUUCAUUUGUCGACUUGGAGUUUUUGGUGACUUGGGCUGGCCCACAACCUGACAAAAGCUACACUGAGGAGUCGGAAAAGAGGUGUGGAGUCAAGCGUGUAAAGUGUGCCUGUUGGUGUCAACAGUUUUUGCACAUAGGUGUUUCUUAGCACACGUAUUUGGUUGGACACUGAAAAUGUGCCGCAGUGGGAUUGGAACCCGCGACCUUUCUGGAAUGCUGUACUGUUGCUCUACCGAAAAACUACAGAGCAUUUGCAUGGCUGCCAUCUUGCAAGCCAGUGUUUUUGUUCCACAGGGUAUGCGCACAGAAAGUUUCCAUGUGGAACAAAAGAACUGCCCCGCAAGAUGGCUAUCGUGCAAAGCCUCCGCACGUGGCCAGUACAGGCUUUGUGCAUGAAUGGCAGAUGGAGGUUUUUUAUGAGUAAUGUCUUUGUUAUGUUUAUUUUUUUAUGACUAAGCCCUGACUGUGCGUGCUUGCUUGUGGGCAUCUCCCAAAGGUGUGCACAAGUCAAGAGUCAUUUUGCAAAGCUAUCUGUUGUGUACAGUGGUGUGAGAAUUCAGCUUUUUAGCUGAUUUCACCUUCUUUUGUUCAGAUGUUGACCCCGAAUUUCAACUUUUUUGUACACGUGGUCUGUCCAAAAGCAUGGGAACUUUUUACAUUUCAGCUUUUUGCUAGCUGUUUUCAGCUUUAAUUUUAAGUGGCCACUCACACCCCUGUGUGUAGAAGAACUCCUAACGCGCAAACGGAACAGAGGAAACCAUUUCAACUGGGCCCCUGAUGCACUCAUGAAGACUUUACAUUCUAACAGAAACUGGUCGCACAUUGUUAAGCGCACAAUUUCUUAUGUUAGGCGAAUUAGGACUGAAAUGUGGGGACAUAUCUCUGUCCCCGUAGUGUUUUGGGCCACACAAAAAGAGGUGAAAUGCUGUGUUUUGUCCCCCAAAUUGCAGAAGUUUGGGUGAACCUGUGUGUGAAGGCUGUGUGUUCCCGUCAAGAGAUGUUGUUGCCGUGCAGAAACAUGCCAUCUUGUGUUUCUGUGUCUGGCAUCUAACUGGCACACCAGCUCUGAAUUCUCAUCAGUGGUGAGGAGCUCUUGUAUGCUUGAAGUGGAUUUAUGCACCGUACCUCGUGCAUAUAUGUAUGUUUUAAAUUUGCACCCUCGUUGGCCAGAUUGUAAAUUGAAUUGAAAAUGUACAGAGUUCAUGGAUAUUAACUAUGAAAAUCGUACCCUACUUUGUUGUACCUGUGCUUGUGUAUCCAAAAUCAUGCGACAUUAUAUGUGCUCGUUAACUUCAGUGCUUGAGCCUCACUGGGUUAUUUCUGAGUGCAGAGGGAUCUCUACCACGCCCUAAAUCAACUUAUCAAUUCUGAACCUGACUGCCGGUGCACUUCGGUUCACUGCCAUUGACAUCUCACUGCCAGAAAUGUAAACAGUACGCAGACAUGUCUGUGCCAAGUACUUGGGGGACUUUGAUCUUGUUUUUGUUUUCUUUUCCAUCAGACAUUACAGGUGAAAAGCUGGAAUACCGGUACAUGGGUUAAAAAUAUGAGUUUGACAUAAUUUUACCGAAUCCCUACCUCCACAAGACGUUUGCCAAUGGUGCUAACACAAAUCUAACGUGCUUUGAGACACCAUAUGUUACUAAACAUUUGACAUUUAAGUCGCCUUUCUUCCCUUAGCAACUAACUUGCUCCACGUACGUGUACGUAAUUUAAAAAAAGGCACAAUGUGUGCCCAGGAAUUACUCUUAUGAAAGUACAAGGUGGAUCAAACUUCCUCACUUCUGAGCAAAAUUUGCGCACAUCGUACUGAGUCGUAAUGAUUCAUAAUGGGUUUUGCAUUGUAAAUUGCAUGUAGUUUUGAGGCUGGCUGCACAGAAACUGCCUAUGGAAAGAUGAGUGCUGGUAAGUGUUGAUAGAAAUUAAGUUGAAUAGAUACUGAUAUGGUUUAAGUUGCGUGCAGUUUGCAAAGAGGCAAAUCUUAGGGGUCUGUGGAUCGAGAAUGCAAUAAUACAUAUUCAUGUACCAGAGUGGUCGAAAGCAUGCAUUGUGUGUCAGGAUCACCCAUUAUUGGAGACACAAAUGAAUUGUGUUCUAGUAUUGUAAAUAUCUCUCUCUACAGAUGGAAGAUAUUUGAGGUUAACAGAUAUUGUAUUCAUUAAUAGAUAUUGCCUGUGGAAGCCACCUUUUAUUUUUUACAUCAGUUAUGACUGUCACUUUUAAUUGUGUACUUCAACUGAAAUGGUACUGCACCCUUAGAAUUUUUUUCUUACAUCUUUCAUACAAGGUCAGGUUCACCAAACGCAGAGCUAGAGACCAGCUUCACAACCGACAGUGGUUAUGAGCCACUCACGCUGUCCUUAUCAGUUUAACAUGCUACAGCUUUUGCUAUAGGUGUUAUGCUUUCAAACCAGUGUUUGAUUCGAGCCCAUCACAAGUCCCCAUAAGUCCAGCACAAGUCCAGUCUUAAGCCAAUUCACAAGCUAUUCCAAUGAACU